GGCUUUGCUGGAGCAGUCUGCCCUGCAGCCAUGGCUCCCACGCUCGCCACCGCUCAUCGCCGCCGCUGGUGGAUGGCGUUCACGGCCAUCAUCGAGAACCUGCUCUUCUCGGCUGUCCUGCUGGGCUGGGGGUCCCUGCUCAUCAUGCUGAAAGCAGAAGGGUUUUACUCCUACCUGUGCUAUGGUUCAGGAAAUGCCACAGGCCACCACGAACAGGAAAAUGCCACGGCUUUGGAGAGCAAAUGGCCUUCCUGCAAUGCCCAAGAUGAAAUGCUCAACUUGGCCUUCACCAUUGGCUCCUUCCUGCUCAGUGCCAUCACCCUGCCCCUGGGGAUCGUCAUGGACAAGUACGGCCCUCGCAAGCUGCGGCUACUGGGCAGUGCCUGCUUUGCUGUGUCCUGUGUGCUGAUUGCAUAUGGUGCCAGCAACCCAGACUCUCUCUCUGUGUUGAUAUUCAUUGCACUGGCUCUGAAUGGCUUUGGAGGGAUGUGCAUGACCUUCACAUCGCUUACGUUGCCCAACAUGUUUGGUGACCUUCGUUCCACGUUCAUUGCUCUGAUGAUUGGCUCCUAUGCUUCUUCUGCUGUUACUUUUCCAGGAAUCAAGGUUAUAUAUGACUUUGGGGUCUCCUUCAUCCUUAUUCUGCUUGUGUGGGCAAGCUGCGCAGGAUUAGUUUUCCUCAACUGCUUCUUCAACUGGCCACUGGAGCCUUUCCCAGGUCCAGAGGACAUGGACUAUACGGUGAAAAUAAAGUUCAGCUGGCUGGGGUUUGACCACAAAAUCACUGGGAAGCAGUUUUACAAACAAGUGACGACCGUGGGGCGCCGUCUCAGCGUGGGUAGCUCCAUGAAGGGCCCCAAAGAGCUGACAGCCUUGCAGGAGAAUAACAAGCUCUGCCUGUCCACAGUGGACCUGGAAGUGAAGUGCCAGCCCGACAACACAGCAUCGCCCUCCUUCAUGAAGAGCGUCUUCAGCCCCAUCUUGUUGCUCAGCCUUAUCACAAUGUGUGUCACUCAGCUGAGGCUCAUCUUCUACAUGGGUGCCAUGAACACCAUUCUUGAGUUCCUCUCUGGAGAUGAAGGUCAAGUGAGUCUGUACACUUCCAUUUUCGGGGUGCUGCAGCUGCUGUGCUUGCUGACGGCGCCCGUGAUCGGCUACAUCAUGGACUGGCGAUUGAAAGAGUGUGACGACGGCUCGGACGAGAGCGAGGAGAGCAGCGCAGAGCAAAACGGUAAGAAAAAGAAAAAACGAGAUCGUCAGAUCCAGAAGAUCACCAAUGCCACCAACGCCUUUGCGUUCACAAACCUCCUGCUGGUUGGAUUUGGAGUCACCUGUCUCAUUCCUAACCUCCCAUUGCAGAUCCUUUCCUUCAUUUUGCACACAAUUGUGAGAGGAUUCAUCCACUCAGCAGUGGGAGGCCUCUAUGCAGCUGUAUACCCCUCCACUCAGUUUGGCAGCCUGACAGGGUUGCAGUCUUUGGUCAGUGCCCUCUUUGCCCUUCUGCAGCAGCCUCUGUUCAUGGCGUUGACAGGACCUUUGAAAGGAGACCCUCUCUGGGUGAACGUUGGCCUGCUUGCUGUGAGCUUCCUGGGUUUCUGCCUGCCCAUCUACCUGGUCUGCUACAGACGCAGGCUAGAGAGAGAACGAAAACAGAAGAACGAUGAUGCCAAACUCUUCUUCAAGAUCAAUGGCACUCCUAAUGAGGAAGCCUUUGUGUAAACUGGUGCUUGGAACAUAACCUCCCCUGUACAGGUUCCUGCCACAUCUGUGGGCUCUACCUGUGGCGUAAGCCAGGCUCUUCCCUUCCUGGCUCUGCCAGUCUUUGCUUGGCACUGGAGCGAGGGCUGUGCGGCAAGACUGAACUUUUCUCAGAUACAUGGCAGGAAGAGAGCUCCCACUCCUUCCUGCAGAACAUGGGACACUUUUUCCUUUUUAUAAAGGCUACCCAGUUAUUGUGUCUUAAAUUAUUCCCUGAUCACACUCUCCAGCAGCAGUGUCUCUGCUCUGGGGGGGGACUAGGGAAGAGAAGGAUUUGGAGGGAUGGGGGAAGAGGGAAGAAAAACCACAAUUGAGUUUGCAAAGAUAACACUGAAGUCUGAUGUUUUUCCCUCCUUCUUUCCCCAACCUCAGCUUGUCUCAGAUGCAAGCUGUACUCUUCCCUUAAAUUUGGCAGUGGCAUUUCUGCUUGAGGAGUAGCUGGGCCCGGUGGUUUUACUGUCUAUCCAGACAUAUCCCAGACUGUUCCUGAGGCAGGGAAGAGAAUUUCUUCCUAUGUGUAUGAGCAGAACUUCAGUAUGUUGCUAAAUGCUGGCUGCUGAUGUUGACAGCUCCCAAAUUCUUUAUUACUACAUAUUGCACAGACUGUGAGCAAUGGACCUGCCUUCCACACUGAAAUGAAGAGCCUAGUGGACUGCUUGGUCCUAUCCCAAGCCUUCAGAGGCCUGGAUUCUUCCUCCUGCUGCCUGUAAACCACCUGUACCACGUCAUAAACUGUCUACAGUCCUGAACCUUUCAGAUAGGAAUUGGAUCUUCUUUACCAGUGAAGUGCUUUGAGACUUGUUGCCUUUUGCCGCCUCCUCCCUCUGAAAUGACCCCGGGAGAGGAGCAGCAGCUUGUACUUAGUAAAGUGGAGAAGCUCCUUGAAGGUGGGUUCUGGGGCUGCACACACCCCUCGGUAUUCACGUGUCAAGAGCCGACUUGCUGUUAAAUCAGGAGUGCAGAGUGCUGCCCGCCCCUGGUAACUGGAUCCUGCGAAGGCGCAUCAGGGCCAUGGGGCAGCAUAGUUCUUCCUCUAGCCAUAGCCUAUUUACGUUGUUCUGAUAAUAGUCCCUGAGCUGCUGAACACCAGGUUACUGUGACUGACCAAAAAGCUGCUGGUUUGGCUGUAUGACAAGCCUUCUAUGAUGUCUGUACUCUGUCUGGACAGAGUACACAGUGAUUGAUUGUACGAUGACGCUGACUUCUAGAGCAGUACGUGUGGGUAAAGGUGCCCUUGGGUCUGUUUUGCCACAGAGGAAAUACAAAGGGAAUUCUUGCUUAUUUUUAUAUUGGUUUCCCGGGUCUUGUCUAAGUGGACAUCUCUCCCCUCAACCUUCGGUGUGGUCAGUAGCUCAGCCUGUGGCUCUGCAAUGAGCACUGCACCGCGUGGAGCUGCUCUGAGCAGGACGGUGCCGCGUUGAGGGCGGGCAUCGGCGGCCACUGUGUGGCCGUGCAAGUGCUGGGCUGAGCUGGUGGCUGCGGGGAGGUUGGAGCAGAGAGCAAAGAAGCAAAAAGUGGUUAUGAAGAUGUCGUGGUGGGGCCUUCUGAACUGCCACCUCCUGCACUGGCGGAAAGCCUGGCAGCGGUAAGUCAUUCAACUUCAUGUCUGGUUGGAAAAGUGUAAAAAAGACUCGACUGCUGUCCCACGAACUCCACGUUGGGCAUCGGAAACAUCAGUGCACCUGCUCCUGCUGGUGAGAAAUUACUUGGAAACUGCAUUUUAGCUGCAGUGCCCGUGGCUUGAAGCACGCAGGUGCUCAGCCCGGCCAGGCCUUCACCUAAAUCACAAGCUUGGCAACCUCUUGCCCAGAGCUUGGCAGCCUCUUGCCCAGCGCCUCGGGAAGCGUCGCUGGAUGAAGGGAAUGCCGAGGAGCUGGUGCCCUUGCGAGGACACGGGGCUGUGCGGGACGGCAGCGCCACCUCGAGUCCCUGCCUCCAGAUGCCUCCUGCCGCAGUUCAGAAGCUACUACACUCCGGUACCUUUAAGUCUUCGGUCACUUGUUUUAAAAUGACUUGCCACUGAGUAUUUUACACACUUGUGGAUUUUUUUUAUGUUACCUUUAUUAAAUGUGUUUGUUCCAAGACAGCCUUAUUGCCUGCUGUCAACAAUGAUAUUGUUUGAAAUUUUUCAUUUUCUGUUCGCCUUUAGAGCUUGGUGAUGAUUUAUUGACCUUCCCAGCUCCCUUUUCCCAUGUGUUAAGCAAUAAUUAGGGAGGUGCAGUCCUGAUUAGGUUUCCUGCUUGCUUGCAGUUUGUCUCAACUAUGUGCCUAGAAAUCCAGCAGCAGUAGUUCAGCUUUCCUCUAUUUCCAGAGGGUUUUCCGCAGAUUCCUGCAUUCUGCAGUGCUACGCUUGCUACUCAUAAAUGUUUCUGAAAGACUCCCACUCUUGCUGCAAGGUAUGUGUGGGGUGAGAAUGAUGCAUGUCUGAACCAUACUCCUCAAGUUCAGAAUAUCUGAAAAUACUGCUCCUUGAGGACCUUGGUGUGGCAACCAAUUUUGCAUUAAGGUUAUUGAAUUUCAAAAUCCUGAGCAUGGCAUCUGGCACUCUGCCACCCAAGUCCCCGAUAGGAAUGUCCCUGUAAAACAGUGGAGUAUGUCCCAAAUGGCGCAUUCUCCUGAAUACACUGUGGUGGGGCUGCUGCCUUCCAAGUGUGCUGCUAGAUUAAAUGC